UGCUGCACGUAAUAAAAUUACUGGUGAAGGUGUUGCAAUCAAAAAGGUUACCAAUGUUUUCAAUAAAACCAUCUUAACAAAGCGUGCUCUUCGUGAAGUAAAGUUGUUACAACACUUUAGAGGUCAUAAAAAUAUCACAUGUCUGUAUGAUAUGGAUAUAAUUAAUCCUAAUGAUUUUAAUGAAAUAUAUCUAUAUGAAGAAUUAAUGGAAGCUGAUCUUCAUGCUAUUAUCCGUUCUGGCCAACCACUUACGGAUGCUCAUUAUCAAAGCUUUACUUAUCAAAUAUUGUGUGGAUUAAAGUAUAUCCAUUCAGCAAAUGUAUUACAUCGAGAUUUAAAACCUGAGGAUCCUGCUGCAAAUUCUGGUUUUAUGACAGAAUACGUUGCCACAAGAUGGUAUAGGGCUCCUGAAAUCAUGCUUAGUUUUCAAAGUUAUACCAAAGCUAGUGG